AUGGUCUUUCCCGGUUGCCAUCGGCCCUCGGCCUACGACCAGCGGCAGCAGCAGCAGCAGCUCGCAGACGCAUCGACUCCCGCCUCCAGCUCUCUCAUGAGCACCGCCUUUGAGUUCUUGUCCGCCCCUUCGGACGACUCCAUGCCUUCCUUCGACCCCACCAUCGCUGCCUUCACCGACAUAUCCUUUACCCGGCCCGCUGUGCCCUCGACCAGUCUCCAAGUCAGAACCUCGCUCUCGCCCGCGGCACGCCAGCUAAAGUGUUUUCGGCGACCGGAACUAAGCUCCCACGAUAGGAAGCGCGUCAAGGAUGACCCAGGAGCCCCUAUACUGGACUCCAUCGAUUACUGGAUUCGCUUCGGCGACGAUGUUGAUAAUAUUGGCAGCCUCGAAAUCGAUUACUCUAAGUGCAACGAUCCCACUGGUCUGAAUGGAACAGGUGCGGUGACCAGUACAAUGCCCGGCCUGGGCAGUGGCCUUUACUCGACGGCCAUGGCGCCUUUUGGAGAGGACUUCAUUGAUGAUGUUGCUUAUGACGACCAAGCUCUCUCCGACGAUGAAGACAUACCUGAUGUGGAACACAUCGGCGAUCAGCCGUCGGGUACGGAAAGCCAAUCCCAGCUCCCCGUUCCCCCUUCGGUUUCGCUUCCGCAGCCAUCUCACGACGAAGUCAUCGACGAUUUGGUGUCCCUGACUAGGGGCGGCAGAGCCCAUUUCGGCCUGCGACUGAACCCGGCGCUGGAGGAAACGCCGAGGCAGAUGCGGCAAGACAUCUGGGGGACACCUCCCCGCGGCAUGAAUCAGGUCCUUAGCCUGGAAGAGCAGCGGCGCCUUCUCGAGAUUUCUCUGAACUCGGGCCAGAUGCCCGCCAGCUUCAUCCCCCCCAACGGAUUCGGCCUGGGCUUUGGCGCCGGUUUGGGGGCGCGUCCGCCGGCCGAGUUUGGGCAGAGAGCAGGCCGUCCACCCUCCACCACCAUGGAAACCGCGCCAACGGGCACGUCGUCCGGGGUCGCCCCUCGAGACGAGGAGGAGGAGGAGCAGGAGCAGGCGGUUUUGAAACUGCCACUGAAGCGCCCUGCGGCUUCGAAACCUGGAAUGUCCAAGAAACCGCCCGAACACGCGUUGGCGGAGACGGUCAAGCCCCGGCCGGCCGACAGAAUUGCCCACAAUGAAGUGGAACGAAAGUAUCGGACCAACUUGAAAGUCAAGAUCGCCGAGCUUCGAGACGCCGUGCCCGCGUUACAGCCUCCAGCGCUGGGGACGGACGCCGCCGAGUGCGGCCCUGGGCAGCAGGAUGCCCCUAAGGUGAGAAAGGGAACCGUCCUGGCAGAAGCGACCGAAUACAUUCAGCAGUUGGAGCAGCGCAACAGGGCCAUCGUACUGGAGCACCAACAGCUGGCGCGUCGGCUCCAAGCAUUUGAGACGCUGUUCGACAGCACCAUCAGGCAGCCAGAUUUGAUGACCAAACCCAGCAUGGCGCUCUUCGACCCGAGAGGCUUCUGCUAG